AUGACACGAAAAGAUGUUGUCUGGCUUGGAACACCAGUGACAUCUGCCGGCAAAGACCUUUGUUCUGUUUAUACAUCGAGAAUAGGUGGGACAGCCACCUUGUUUCGUGAGGCAACCGAUAACACGGUGUUUCGUUGCCCCAAGUGUUGUGGCAUGCAUGCGGUCUCGUUGCUGGCCCAGGUUUACGCUCCCUUGGAGGUAUACGAUCGAGUUUUGUACGUCCUCACCUGCUCUUCGUGUAGCACUGCGCAGAACAGCUUUUGCUUUGUUCUUCGAUCACAGAACUUUAACCCUGCUUACGCAAAUGCGUUAAAGCCGCCGGAACAGCAGGGAUGCAAGGAAGACGGGGCUCUCUUUGAAGUAAACGCGGACUGGGGAGAUGGGGUGGAUGAGGGAUGGGGAACGGAGGAUGAGGCGGAUGCGGGUGCAGGGUCGAGCACAAGCAAAAACCAAAAUAGCACCGCAGGCAUGGCAGCCGAGGCGAUUACUGAGGACACGCACAGCACUGAGGAGCCUGCUGCUCUCGCCCCUCCUGGGUCAAGGCCUUCAAUCAAAGGUGUGGGUUUCCCAUGCUUCGUGCUUGACGUGUUUGAGGAGCCGCCCAAGUUGGCGGCAAAGUCCUCCACUUUCAAGAAUGAGUUACAGGAGACACAAAAAAAAUACGGCGACAAUGUCGUUGAGAUGACAAUUAUCGAGGAUGAUGAUGAGCCACUGCCGGAAAAAUGUCUACGCAAGUAUGUGGAGCGAAUCGGCCGAGCCCCUUCGCAGUGUGUGCGCUGGGCUCCUGGCCAGGAGCCAUUGCGCUCCUCCGUCGUGACGGUGGCCGCGCCACGAUGCCCGUACUGCAAUAAGGAGCGCCGGUACGAGCUUCAGCUGACGUCGCCCAUCAUUUAUUUCUUGACAAACACGAAAGGGCCGAGGAGGCAUUCUCUACAUUUUGGGAAUGUUCUUGUAUUUACCUGCAGUGGAAACUGCAACACAGAGGCGUAUGCGUCAGAGUACUGCGUUGUGGAGGACGAAAUUUAA